AUGGAUAUCUUUGGCGAGUCAGACGACACGAAGAGCGCCAAGCUCGACAUCCGCACUCGACCAGAAGAGUCGCUCAACCACUUCACCAUCAACAAAGACUUUGCCGAACGCUACCUGCAUAACAAGCAACGCGCCGAAAUCCAUCAGCUCGAAGCAAAGUAUGGCAAAGAUGCGCUCGCCUCCGACGAUGACGGUGACUCGGAGACUGAUUCCGAGAGCGACGUCACCGAGGACGAAGACGGAGAUCAAAUCAACGCCAACGUAGAUGCUGCCAUCUUCCGAACUCUUCAGCGCAUCCGUAAUAAGGACGCAGAAUUGUACGACUCCAAGACCGACAUCUUUGCACAGGAGGCUGAAGCGGCGCAACGCGCUGCCCAGCUCUCGGGGGCAUCUUCUUCCUCCGCUCCGAAGAAGUCGGGCACCACCAAGAAGGACAAGAAGCUCACUCUGCAGGACUACCAAAGGCAAAGAGUGCAGGAGCUCAUCCAGACGUCAGAGAACCCGGCAGAGGAGUUGGCGGAUGCAACCACGAGCGAUCGUGUCAAGGGCAUCUUCACCAACGACGACGAUGACGGUGAGAGGAGGCCGUUUGCUCAGGAGCAGGAGGAUCUGCGCAAGGAGGUGUCCCAGGCCUUCCAUGCUGGCAUCGGCGAUGAAGACGACCUCUUUGUCAAGCGCUCCGAGGCACAGAACAGCAACGGCUCUUCGUCAUACCGAGCUGCAGUGCUUGCAUCGCUCGGACCCAACGCCGACGAGGAUACCAUCCGCCAAGCCAUCCGUCGCAAUCAGCCAGACCAAGCGACAGCCUCCACCUCUGUCCUCGCCAACGACAGCGAGGCCGAUCAGAAGAAGAACGAGGAUUUCCUGCUCAACUACAUUCUCAACCGCGGCUGGAUCGACAAGUCGGCCGACGAAGUACGACCAGUCAAGCCCCGCCUCACCAAAGCCUUGCUUAAGAGCAAAGACGCCGCCGAGAACGGCGAGACCGCUGAGGGGUCGCAGAACGGCGACAGCGCUGCUGCUGCAGGAGCUCAUGCAUACGGCCGUGAUUGGGAAGCGGAGGCAGCCGAGCUCGAGUCCGAAGCAUCCUUCGACUCGAUGGCAGACGCUUUCGAAACCGCGUACAACUUCCGCUUCGAGCAAGGUCCCGAAUCGCUCACCAUCCCCACUUACUCGCGCACGCCCAAGGACUCCGCUCGUCGCGAAGACAACACGCGUAAGCGCAAGCGAGAAGAACGCGCCGCACGCAAGGACGAAGAAAAGCGCCUCAAGAUGCAGGAGCUGUCGCGCUUGAAGAACCUCAAGAGGCAAGAGAUCGUCGACAAGCUCAAGAAGCUCCGAGAGGUGACCGGUUCCAGUGCGGUCGAUUUGGAUGGCUUGGAUUUGGAGGGUGACUUCGACCCGGAUGCACAUGACAAGGCGAUGCAGAAGGCGUUUGGCGACCAGUACUACCAGGACGAUGACGACGAGAAGCCAAGUUGGGACGACGAUAUCGACAUUAACGACAUCAUCGCCGAGCACGAGGCGACCACGGCUUCGUCGAGCAAGAAGGGCAACAAGAAGGCGAAACAGAGUCACAGCGGGGAUGACGACCGAAUCGAGAUGGAUGCAGAUUUCCUCGAUGACGAUGACGAUGCCGGACAUGGUGGCGAGGCGGGUGGGUCCAAGGAAGCCGCUCUGCGUGCGCGUCUGGCGGAUAAGAAGCUGAGCAAGAAGGAACGCAAGAAGCUCAAGAAGAAGCUCAAAGCCGCGCUCUCCAAGUCAUCCUCGUCCAACGCUGCGGACAACGGCGAUGCUUCCGACUCUGACGCCGCAGACAAUGACGACGACAAUGACGGUGUCGAUGUCUCGGCUAUGGACGCCAACGUUGUUGCGCCAACAGACAAGAAAGCCAUGGCGAAAGAAAUGAUCGACUCGUACUACAACCUGGACUAUGAAGAUAUGAUCGGCGACCUCCCCACGCGCUUCAAGUACACCCAGGUUGCCCCCGCAGACUACGGCAUGUCCGCCGUCGACAUCCUCCUCGCUGACGACGAGCAGCUCAACAACGUGGUUGGAUUGAAGAACCUGCAGCCAUACCGAAGGGGCAAGAACAGGCCCGUGGACCUGGGCAAGCGUCUGGGUCAAUUCAGGAAGGACGUCUACGGCAACACGUCCAAGACCCACGACGGCCAGGAGAAGCCUGCGAAGAAGAGAAUGGGUAAGAAGGAGAGGAAUCGCCUCAAGGCGGCUGAGGGAGGGGCGGAUGUACAGAAGGUGGGCUGA